GAGUCGCUUCCUAUUUUUCAAACUGGCGACCGAUCGCUAGUGCCCUAGUCAAUACCAAGAAGUGUUUCUUUUAACCCAUUAUCCAAAAUGUCGGUACUUGGAGCUUCAAAGUUUUCUGCAUGGUCCGCGCCCGAUCCAAGAGCCGGAGGAGUUCAUGGUUUCCCAGGAAUGGGAGUUAUGAGUGGUGCCAAUAUGACGGUUUUCGAUAAGGUUCUUCCGGAUAUGGUUCCAAUGGUGGAUGAAUAUUGGAGCCAAUGGCCACCAAUGAACCCACUUUGGCAUGCAAUACUAGGAUUAGUUAUUGGAGUAUUAGGAGUUGUUUCAAUAGCCGGAAAUGGAAUGGUUAUUUACAUUUUCAGCGGUACAAAAUCGCUGAAGACUCCUUCAAACAUGUUAGUGGUCAAUUUAGCAAUUUCCGAUUUCUUGAUGAUGCUUUUUAUGUCUCCGGCGAUGGUGGUUAAUUGUUACUUUGAGACGUGGGUUUUUGGCCCAACGUUUUGUGAAAUAUAUGGAAUGACUGGAUCUUUAUUCGGUUCUAUUUCUAUAUGGACCAUGACUAUGAUUGCUUUGGAUAGGUACAAUGUCAUUGUAAAAGGGUUAAGUGGCAAACCGAUGACAAAAGGGGGAGCUUUCUUAAAAAUUUUAGGAAUUUGGUUGUUUUCUUUAGGGUGGACAGUUGCGCCUAUGUUGGGAUGGAACAGAUACGUCCCCGAAGGAAAUAUGACGUCUUGUGGAACCGACUACUUGAGUCAUAGUUGGCUUAGCAAGAGCUAUCUCAUAGUUUAUGCCUGUUUCGUGUAUUUUCUUCCUUUAUUUACCAUAAUCUACUCUUAUUUCUUCAUUGUGCAAGCUGUAUGUGCUCAUGAAGAAGCAAUGAGAGAACAAGCCAAGAAAAUGAAUGUUGCCUCUUUAAGAUCUUCAGAACAAGCGCAAACAAGCGCUGAAUGUAAAUUGGCCAAAGUUGCUUUAAUGACAAUUUCCUUAUGGUUUAUGGCAUGGACACCUUACUUAGUAACGAAUUUUGUUGGUGUUUUUGAAACGGGCAAAGUAACACCGCUUGGAACUAUUUGGUGUUCCCUCUUUGCUAAAGCAAACGCAGUUUAUAAUCCUAUUGUAUACGGUAUUAGUCACCCGAAAUAUAGACAAGUGUUACACAAGAAGUUCCCGUCAUUAGCUUGUGCGGAUAAACCUGAAGCUGCUUCGGUUGCUUCUGAUUCGCAAUCUGUUGCAUCUGGGGCGACUCAAGCAACAGGUACAGAAGCAUAAGCUCAUAAAAAUAAGGAAAAUUUGAAAUAUUUAUGAUGACAAUGGCACGUCUACGGUACUCGAUUUGAAUGAAAUUUUAGAUAAUGUACAUAAAAAGACCCUGACCAGAAGCGAUUAUGUAAUAAGAAUGUUACUUUUUCUUAAAUAAAUCCCAAGCAGCAUCUUA